AUGCCCAAAAGAAAACUGCCCCAGGAUUCUCAGUCUGCCACGAACAAAAGGAGGCAGCCAGCGACUUCCACCGGCGACGAUGACGGCCCCGAGUCUUCGCAAUCGGCCAUCAAAUCCUCUCAAGGCGGCGCACCUCUUCCAACACCGCCGUCUUCAAGUCAGCCUAGACCGAGCGUGCCGACUUCUUCAGAGCGUUCGAGUCAGAUCUACAGAGACUACACGCCCACGGUGAGCCAGCUCGGCUCAGCAUCUCACGGCAGGGACGACCGCGACAGCUGGCUUUCCACUCAGGACCAAGAAGCCGACAUUGCACGCGAAAUUGACCUCACCGAGGACUUCGACGAUGACGUCUACGAGAGCUAUAUGCUCUACGGCAUCCUCAACACCAAGAUCGUGGGAUGUCGGUUCUACGACGGUCAAGCCACCGUUGGGGAAUACGUGCGCGUCAGGCGCGAACCCGGCAAUCCGUACGACAGCAAUGCCAUUCGGAUCGACAACGUGCUCCGCGACCAGAUCGGGCAUAUUGGUCGGCAGGUCGCGGCGAAGUUGGCGCCCUUGAUGGACAAUGGUUCGCUGCUCGUCGAAGGCGCGCUGACUGGACCAAAGACCUACUACGACUGUCCGAUCGGGCUCAAACUGUUCGGCACAAAUGACCCGGUUGCCGGCGCUGCUCUUGCCAAGCAGAUGCAGGACCAGAAGCUUCCGGUCACCGAAUGGGUGCGUGCGAAGCGAGAGGGCGAGAAGCGUCAGCGGGAGCUGGAGAAACAGCAGAAGGCCAGGGAAAGGGCAGCCGCCGCGAUGAGGAAGAAGGGUAUGCAGGUCUUUGACAAUGAAGGGCACAACAGGUACAGCAAUCUGGGCGUGUUGCCGAAUGGCAGCAGUAGCCAACCGGAAGAAAACAUGGAGCAAUUGCUCAGUGGCACGUCCACGUUCAACCCUCGCAAUGUUCAGGACGCGAUGAAGAAGCUUGGAACGGGUGAAGAUGUGCUUGAGAAGAUGCCGAUGGCAGAUCAACCUCCAGAGCUGGCCACAAUCUUGUUGCCAUACCAGAGACAGGGACUGCAGUGGAUGCUGGACCACGAAUCUCCCAAGCUACCUCAGAAGGGCGAUGAUGUGGUCCAGAUGUGGAAAAAGAUAGGCAAAGGGUACCUCAACAUUGCCACCAAUUUUGCAAUAAACAAGGCGCCCGAACUUGCGAGCGGUGGCCUCCUUGCGGAUGACAUGGGCUUGGGCAAGACUAUCCAGGUCAUCUCGCUUAUCAUGGCCGACCCUCACAAGAAUCGAACCCCGACGCUCAUUAUCGCGCCACUCUCGGUCAUGUCCAACUGGAGCAGGCAGGCGGAGCACCAUAUCAAGAAGAAGUUUCAACCACGUGUCCUGACCUACCAUGGCACAGAGAAGAAGAACCUGUCACCCCAAGAGCUGAAAGAAUACGAUAUCGUCAUCACAACCUACCAGACAAUGACUCAGGAGCUCUUUUCCUAUGGCCAGACCAGCGCUAAGCCGGUACCGGCUUCGAAGGGCUUGUUUUCUAUCACGUGGCGAAGACUCGUUUUGGAUGAGGCGCAUAACAUCCGCAAUCCCAAAGCAAAGAUGUCGCAAGCCGCAUGUGCACUCCAGGCUGCAUCUCGGUGGGUUCUUACCGGCACUCCGAUAGUCAACACCCUCAAGGACCUUUACUCACACGUCAAGUUCAUCCGGAUGACGGGCGGACUCACCGAGUUUGAGAUCUUCAACUCGACCCUGAUCCGUCCGCUUAAGAACGGCGAUCCUCAGGCUCGGCUUCUUCUCCAAGCUCUGAUGGCGACCCUCUGUCUCCGCCGGAUGAAAGACAUGAAGUUCAUCGAUCUCAAACUGCCCAGCAUUGUUUUCCAUAAGUAUCCGGUGAAGUUCCUGCCGCAUGAGCGGGAGAGGUAUGACGCAUUCAAAAGUGAGGCCAAGGGACUUGUCGAGGCUGCGAAAGCCAAGAAGGGAGAUAACACCAUGACACACCUUCUCGAGGUGUUACUUCGAUUGCGCCAGAGCUGCAAUCACUGGAAGAUGUGUGGUGACGAUAGAGUGCGCAAACUGCUGGAACUGGUCGAGUCCAACGAAGUGGUAGAUGUCACAAACGCGGCCAACAGAAAGACCCUACAAGACAUUCUACAGGUGCAGAUCGAUUCGCAGGAGGACUGCCCUGUGUGCCUGGACUCUUUGAAGAACCCAGUGAUCACAGCCUGCGCGCAUACUUAUUGUCGUGAGUGCAUCGAGCGCGUCAUUGAAACACAACAUAAGUGUCCCAUGUGCCGUACGGCGCUGGCCACCAGCGAACAACUGGUCGAACCGGCUGCAAAUUUUGGGGAAGGCGAUGAGAUCGACCUCAAUAUUGACCCAGAGACAACCAGCAGCAAGAUUGAGGCACUCAUCAGGGUUCUGAAAGCCUCUGAGGCCGACGCAGACGUUAAGACUGUGGUGUUUUCACAGUGGACUUCGUUCUUGGACCUGGUGCAGACUCAGCUACUCCGGCAUGGCCUCAAUUUCACCCGGCUCGAUGGCAAGAUGAACACGAGUCGUCGCGACGCAGCAAUUGAAUCCCUCAACCGCGACUCGUCCUGCAAGAUCAUGCUGGCGUCUUUGUCUGUUUGCUCUGUGGGCCUGAACUUGGUUGCGGCGAACCAGGUGAUUCUGGCGGACUCGUGGUGGGCGCCGGCCAUCGAAGAUCAAGCGGUUGACCGUGUCCACAGACUCGGACAGACCCGUGAUUGCAAAGUGGUGCGUUUGGUUGUGGAAGGGACUAUUGAGGACGAGGUGCUGGAGAUCCAAUCGAAGAAGAGGAAGCUGGCGAGUGAAGCGUUUGGAGAGAAGGUGAAGAGAGAAGAGAGAAGGGCCGGCUCGCUGAGAGAUAUCGAGAGGUUGUUGGCAUAG